AUGAGGUUCUUCGACGUAGCCGUGACAUUCACUGCAGAUCAAUUCCAGGGGAUUUACCGCGGAAAGCAAUAUCAUGAACCCGACUUUGCGGAGGUUCUGAAAAGAGCGCGCGAAGCUCAAUGUGACAAAGUGAUGCUCACCACCAUGACGCUUGAGGGUGCGAAACAAAAUCUUCAAGCCGUCAGGGAUUUCCCGAUGUGCCGGAUGACCCUUGGCGUGCACCCGUACCAUGCCGCAGAAAUAUAUGAACGGCCGGACACGCAAUAUCUGACCGAGCUCCGUGAGCUAGGCGACAGCCUGCUUGCCGAGAACCCUUCCCCUCUGGCCGCGUUUGGUGAGAUUGGGCUCGACUACGAGCAUCUGGAGCGGGCGGAUAAGGAAACACAGCAGCGCGCAUUUCGGGAGCAAUUGGAAUUGGCAGUGCACUUCCAACUGCCACUGUUUCUCCACGUUCGGGAGUCCACGGAGGACUUCAUCUCCAUCAUUGAGCCUUACCUCGCACGACUGCCUCGAGGGGGUUUGGUCCAUUCGUUCGCUGGGACCAAGGAAGAGAUGCUCCGCCUCGUAGGUCUGGGGCUGGAAAUCAGUGUCAACGGGGUCUCAUUCCGCACCGAUGAGCAGUUGGAAAUGGUGAAACACAUUCCACUGGAUAAGUUGCAGCUUGAGACCGAUGCCCCGUGGUGCGAGGUGCUGGGAAAUGAUCCUAAAAUCGCGCCCUUCCUCGAGAAGGCGAAACCCUUGCCCGCCAGUCGAAAGCACAACAAAUUUGUUCUGGGGCAAAUGGUCAAGACGCGCAAUGAAAGCUGCGUGAUGGAACGUGUGGGGUUGGUAGUCGCUGGAUUAAAAGGGAUUUCGAUCGAAGAAGUUUCUGAAGCGGCGUGGGGGAAUAGUUGUCGCAUGUUCUGGUGA